AUGAUCUUGGCAAUAAUCUUCUUCACCACUGCAUGGCUUGUGGUCCUGGGAGUCAGUGUAUGGGUUCUCCUAAAAGAGAUCUUCAUUGUUCAUGUUCCUCUUGGCAUGCCCCACCGACUGAGAUUUCACAUUCUACACUACUUAUUCCAGCUGACAAUAACAUUGGGGAAUUUACUGGAGAAGAUGAAAAUUUGCAGUAUGCCCCGCUUUUUCUGCUUUAUACAAGACCUUUUGGUGACAAAGAACAGCUCUGGAGUGUUGGUGAAGAACCUGCAUUUCGGCUCAAUCCCUGUGAGGCUGUUUCAGCCAAAGGCAGCCUGCUGUGGUCCACGGAGAGGCAUUAUCUUCUACCAUGGAGGAGGCGGCAUGUUUGGUGGCCUGGAUUGUUACCACAACGUGUGCAGUUAUCUGGCCCAGGAGACAGAUUCAGUGCUGCUGUCAGUGGGAUACCGCAAGGUCCCUGGCUACCAUCACCCUGCUGCUUUCCAGGAUUGCCUCAAUGCCACUAUCCACUUCUUGAAAGACCUGAAAACCUAUGGGGUAGACCUUGCCCGGGUGGUAGUUAGUGGAGAGAGCAUUGGAGCUGGGGCUGCAGCCGUCAUUGCCCAGAUACUAUUGGACAGACAAGAUCUUCCCCAGUUUCGGGCUCAGGUUUUGAUUAAUCCAGUCAUCCAGGGGGUCAAUUUUCAGUUACCAUCUUACCAACAGUAUCAAAAUUCUCCUUUUCUGUCUAGGAAAUUUUUGAUGACUUGUGUAUGUAAGUAUUUAGCCAUUGACCUUUCCUGGAUUGAUGCCAUGUUAAAAGGUACUUUUAUACCCCCAGACAGUUGGAAGAAGUAUGAGAAAUGGCUCAGCUCUGACAACAUCCCCCAAAGGUUCAAGAGCCAUGGCUCACAACCUGAUUUUCCUGGACCUUUUAAUGAAACUGCCUAUUUGGAAAUCAACCGUGUUUUCAAUUCAGAAAUUUCACCUCUACUGGCAGAUGACAAGGUCAUUGCUCGGCUUCCUGAAGCAUUCAUGGUGAGCAGCGAAUAUGAUGUUCUCCGUGAUGACACCUUGCUCUACAAGAAGCGCUUGGAGGACCAGGGGGUCCCUGUGACCUGGUGUCACCUGGAAGAUGGCUUUCAUGGAUCCAUACUUUUAUUUGAUAAGAACAUUUUCUCUUUUCCUUGUUCACAUAAACUUAUGAGUUCUACAGUCAGUUUUAUAAAGGGCAUUUGA